AAGCCCCCCGCGCGUCAACAGCAACGACUGGGAUGUAGCGACAUCGCUGGCAGCCAAAGAUUGCUGUGAUUGCAGUGAUGUGGAUGCUGAGUAGAUACCUCAGUAUAAUGUUUUGAUAGAUGUCAUAUUGUGUAGUUCGGGCACAUGAAGGCUUUACAUUCAUGUGAACUCUGCGGUUGAUCGUGUCGAUGAGAGGCAGGUUCGCGCUAAUGCGUUAGCUUAGUCAAAUCAUAGUGUUGUAAAUGGACGCAAUUAAAUAAGGAGACGAGUAGGUAAUGUGGCAUCGCACGACAGAUUCACUCGACUGAGGAUGGAAACAGUUUUUCUGGGAACGUUGUGUCACCGGUUAAACGUGGGCUCCAUCGCAGUGUAAAACAUUAUCUUCAGAGGAUACUGUGGGUAACCUUACACGAAAUGUCAUAGCGCGUGAAUAGCUAGCACUGAGCUAGCUGUAGCUGUGUAAUGGCUGGAUCAGAUGAAGAAGGACCUAAUGUUAUCAACAGCAGCCGUCCGUAAACAGCUGCCUGCUUAGAGCUCAAACAUGCUUUCUCCGGAGAUGCUUUAGCCUCCUAGGUGGUGUAAUUCAUUUACAUAACCGUUAGCUGUAUCCGCUCUAGCUACCACCAUCUGGCUUGGGUUGGCUAGCAAAUGGGAAUUUCGCCACAAAAAAUCCAAGCUGUCCGCAUCAUCUUCAGUGUCAAAGGCAUCCGUGCACAUUCGGAGGCUGUAGAUAAGACUGUCAGAGCCUGAUCUGCAUCAUCUGAGUCUGUGGUGCAACUCAAGUACAGCACAGACGGUAAUCUGCGCAUCUGGGAGCAGUGGGUUUGAAGCCGCAAAGAGCAUCAUUACGACAACAUGAGGAAGUUCUUUGAUUCUCGUCGGGAGUUGGUGAGCUCUGGGCCUGGUUCUGGAGGAGGUGGAGGAUCUGGGUCCAGUCAUGCAGGUGGAAAUUUCAUUGGACGAGCCUUCACCGUUGGGCGGUACCAGGUUACAGUGGAGGAGAUCAUAGCAGAAGGUGGUUUUGCAAUAGUUUUCCUUGUGAAAACAAAUCAAGGAGUGCGUUGUGCGCUGAAGAGGAUGUAUGUCAACAAUGAGCAUGAUCUGCACGUGUGCAAAUGCGAAAUUCAAAUAAUGAAAGACCUAGUUGGCCACAAGAACAUUGUUGGUUAUCUGGACUCCAGUGUCACAGCGAUGGGUUCAAGGGACGUAUGGGAAGUCUUCAUACUCAUGGACUACUGCAAAGGUGGGCAGGUGGUCAAUUUGAUGAAUCAGCGGCUGCAGACCGGCUUCACUGAGGCUGAGGUGCUGCAGAUCUUCUGUGACACCUGUGACGCUGUUUCUUGCCUGCAUCACUGCAAGACACCUAUCAUCCACAGAGACCUAAAGGUGGAGAACAUCCUCUUGCACGACAAGGGUCAUUAUGUACUGUGUGAUUUUGGCAGUGCAACAAACAAGUUCCAGUGUCCACAGACGGAGGGAGUGGCUGCUGUGGAGGAGGAAAUAAAGAAGUAUACCACUUUAUCAUAUCGGGCCCCUGAGAUGGUGAACCUGUACAACAACAAGAUCAUCACCACAAAAGCAGAUAUUUGGGCGCUGGGCUGUUUGCUGUACAAGUUGUGCUUCUUCACUCUGCCCUUUGGUGAAAGCCAGGUGGCCAUCUGUGAUGGAAGUUUCACCAUACCAGAUAACUCCCGUUACUCUUAUGAUCUUCAUUGCCUCAUUAGGUACAUGCUAGAACCAGACCCAGACAAACGACCAGAUAUCUACCAGGUGUCGUACUUUGCUUUUAAACUUGCCCAGAGGACUUGUCUAGUUCAGAAUGUGAAGAAUUCUUUGAUUCCUUCUAAACUUCCGGAGCCAAUCAGAGCAAGUGAGGCUGCUGCAGCUAAGAAAAGCCAGACUAAGCCCAGACUGACAGAUCCCAUUCCCACUACUGAAACCUCCAUCACCCCUCGCCAGAGGCCAAAAGCUGUCCAUACCCAGCCUGCUGCUGGGAUCUUACCCAUCCAGCCUGCUGCCCUCACCCCUCGUAAACGGGCUGCUCUGUCUGGUGGUACUACUCAGCCUGUGGGUAUCAGUUUAGACCUUUCUCAACCAGCUGCAGCCCUCCAGUCACAGAGGGCACAGACUUCAGCUUUGCCACUCGUCCAGUCGCAAAACAAUUCCAGUCAGGCUGCAACACAGCAGAAGCAGGCUGCACAGCCAGCUGCAGCUGCAGGACCAGAGACCGCUGCAACAGUCGCAGUGUCACCGAUGACUAAGGCUGAGGUGCAACCACAAGGCCAAGCGCAGCCGGCAGUCCAGCCACAAACCACGCCCCCCUCUGCGGUCGGCGUAGGCUCCCAACAGGCAGCACAGGUUCUGUCCAGCCCGACCCCACCUCAACGCCCAGCCCGCCGUAAACAGGCGGGCCAGACUCCGGCCUCACCUUGCAAAGCUGCCUCUGCUCAGCCUCCUCAGCAGCAGACGACACAGGCGUCGGGUCAAACCGGGGUCACGGAGGUCAGCCAGAAAGCAGCUGAGACGACUCCACCUGCUUCUCCAAAGACAACUGAAGCACCAGGUCCCCAAUGUCCUCCAAAUGACACCCCAGUGAGCAGCGGUGCAGGGCGUCCUCCAAACCAACCACAGCAGUCCCAACAACCUAAUGGAGAUUCUGCCACCAACCACAUCAUCCUGUCCAGUGUUAGCGAUGCAGGUCAGGACCAAAGCCAAGCAGCAUCCACUAUUCCUACCUCCACCUCUGUCCCUGACACCUCCACCCAGCCUACAUGGAACCCAUUUGAUGAUGACAACUUUUCCAACCUCGGCACAGACGAACCGAAAACGGAUGACAAACAACUUAUAUCUGCAGACGCUGAGACAACAUCUGAUGAGCUGAUCCCAGGAUUACAGGCCUCAACAGUGGACAGUGCACGCAAAGAACUGGUUGAGAGACCAUCGACCAUUGUGGAUGUAGAUUCAGGUGUUGCUUUGUUGGCCGUUCCAGAUGCACCAGUGAAGCUGAUUGAAGGACUCAAAUCCCCAGACACGUCUUCUCUCAUCCUCCCAGAUCUGCUGUCGUUGUCUGAUCCCUUUGGUGGAUCUGUAGAGGACUCUGCUAAAGACCCCCUCAGUGCUGAUGACCCUCUGCUGAGCUGUUCUCUGAUGUGUGGCCCAGCGGCGCCUCCUGCAGGAGGCAGCGGCGCCUCCUCUGUCUCCUCUGCUCCCACCUCGGUGGCUUCUGUUCUGGAUGAUUUCAGUUUGUUGUCUGGAGAGUCUGCACAGCCCAAAACAGACUCUCCUCUGCUGAUCUCAGACUUUGAGUUGCAUCAGGCGUCUGCAGAAGCCGGAACGGAGGACGAGUUCGAUCCUAUUCCUGUCACAGGUCGCAAGAAUUCACAGGUUUCAGGAGGCCAUUCCCGCAGUAACAGUGGUGGUUCUGAAUCCAGCCUGCCCAGCUUGGCCCGCUCUCUGCUGCUGGUGGACCAGCUCAUCGACUUGUAGCGCGCAUCUGGAUGCAGUAACACUGGAUUAUGACUGGAGAAGCAGAAUAGCAAUCAAUACAUUUGUCAAAGCUAGAAUCCUACCCCCCCUGGUGUCCCUUCACUGUAGUCACACCCCCAGCCUCUCAGUGCUUCUUCAUACCUGCUUUCUCAGUUGUAUCUACUCAAUCAUUUGUGUCCUCUUCAGCUUUCACUCGCAUUCUUCUUUUUUGUCAUUUCUACACAUCAUGUCUUGUCCAGUGGCCAGUGCACUCACAUCAUCCUUUUAUUUUCCAUCCGUCAGGUUGUAAUAUUGCUAUCCAGUUUGCGUAACAUCUAAUAGUAGACAAAUAGGUCAUUGCUAUAAUAGGCAUAGUUAUAAGUGGUUGUAGUUAUAAGUGUGCGCAAGUAAAUUUGUCAUCAUUUGCCUUGUUAAAUGCUCCAAACCAGAAUUAUUUUCACAUUUUAAAGUGACAUCACUGAUGAAGUUUAAAAAAAAAAAAAAAAUCAUAAUGUGUCAGUUACAG